ACUCAAACACAAGAGAAAGGAAACCUUCAAACCUCAGCUAAAGCGAAUUCUGUACUUCUAGGGAGGGAGGAUGCAAAAUCAGAUAUAAUAUCAAUGAUGUUGAACAGCAGGUCCUCGACAUCAAUCUCAUCUUCAUCUGUCAAUUCUUCUCAGCAGGCCAAUCCUUGGGUCGUAUCUAUCGUGGGUAUGGGCGGACUGGGUAAGACUACUUUAGCUCAAUUGUUAUUCAAAGAUUCAAAUCUGGGGAACUUUGAUUCAAAAGCAUGGGUUUGUGUGUCCGAUGAUUUUCGUAUCUCUAAUAUCUUAAUAAAAAUGAUAGAGUCCAUUGAUAAUGGAACUAAACAUGGUGGUUCAUCAGAUUUAGAAGCAUUAGGGAGUCAGAUUUCCAUUAGAUUAAACGGUAAGAACUUUUUGUUAGUACUGGAUGAUUUAUGGAAUGAGGAUUCCAGAUAUUGGGGACAAUUAAUGGAUUCCCUUGUCUGUACUGGUGCCAAAAGCAUCAAAAUAUUAAUCACCACACGCAGUUCAAAAGUUGGGUUUGUUGUUGGGGGUAGCACUUAUCGUUUACAAAGAUUGAAAAACGAUGUUUGCUGGUCUAUUAUGGAGAAAGUCAUAUCAACGCGAGACGAACGCAUACUGGCUCUAGAAAGAAUGACAACUAUCGGAAAAGAUAUAGUUAAAAGAUGUGAUGGCCUUCCACUUGCAGCAGACUUUCUCGGAAGCCUAAUGGCCUCGAAUACAGAUGAAAGCCACUGGUUGAAAAUCAAAGACCAUAUCAAUCUAUGGAACACAGCAGAAAGCAAACGACUUCUAUCAAACAUAAAAUUAAGCUAUGAUAAGUUACCUUCGCCUCUGAAACAAUGUUUCUCCUACUGUUCUAUUUUCCCAAAGGAUUGGAUAAUUGAAAGAGAAACGUUGACUCGACUAUGGAUGGCAGAAGGAUUUCUUCCGCUGACCGAUGUGUUGAAUUGUAGCUCGAUUGAAGAUAUAGGGAACUAUUAUUUUGAUCUUUUGUUGUCGAACUCGUUAUUUCAAGAUGUAGAGACGGAUGAACUUGGCGUAGUUAUGACGUGUAAGAUGCAUGAUAUUGUUCAUGAUCUUGCAAUGACUGUUGUAGAUCGAGAGGAAUACGGAAUUCUGCAAUCAAGAGAAGGAACUGAAGAUACUUCAAAAGUUCGUCGUUUACAACAUGUAUGUAGUGAAGGAUCGUCAGGGACAAUUCCUGGAGCGUUGUCAAAGGCAAAGAGAUUGCGAACAGUUGCUGCGGUUGCUCCAAAAAAUUGUUCACAGAUCAAUAGUUUCUUUUCGAACAAGCGCUUGCGCGUCUUAUAUCCGCUCGGUGGUUGGGAUAAAAAGAUAUGCACUUCGAUUCCUAAGCUUAAACAUCUGAGGUACCUAGACCUCUCAGGUUGUAAAAUUGAUUCAGUGAAUGAUAUUAAAGCAUUGAAUCGUUCUUACAAUCUGCUGACAUUGGUACUUCGUGGAUGUGUAAAUGCUUGGUUGGUACUACGUAAAAUUAAGUCUUUGAAAAGUUUGAGGCAUCUCGAUCUCUCUUACUCAGAUAUUAAAGCUCUACCUGAUUCCACGGUUGGCCUCACUAAUCUGCAGCAUUUGAAUCUUUCUCAUUGCGAUAAGUUUGAAGCCUUACCUGAAAAUAUCGGGUUGUUGAUACAUCUAAGUUUCCUUGAUCUUUCAUAUACAGCAAUCAAAAGAUUACCUGAAUCCAUCACUCGCCUCAGCAAUUUAAGAAUUUUGGAGUUUCCUCGGGAUUUGGAUGCCUUACCAAGAGAAUUUGGAGCAUUGACACAAUUGAGGCGCCUUGAUGUGCGAGGAACAGAGAUCAAAGAAUUGCCUGAAUCAUGCACUAGAACCGGCGGCAAUUUGGAGAUUGUGAAACUUGGAGGUAACUGCAAAUUUCCCAGGGAUAUUAAGAAUUGGCCUAAGUUGAAACAUUUUACACAUGAAAGAGUGGCAGGUGAUGAACCAACGCCUAGAGGUAUGGAAAACCUAAUUUACCUUGAAACGUUGGAGUCAUACAUGGUGAGGAAGGAACCAGCUCAGCUAUGCAGCGAGAGUACCGGCCAUCGCAGUGGGAUAGAAGAGUUAUCAGCCCUUAACUAUCUUCAGGUGUUACAUAUACAUAACAUAGAGAAUCUGAUGGGUGGAAAAGAAGGUGCGGAGAGAGCUAAAUUGAAAGACAAGCAACAUAUGCGAGAAUUAUAUCUGAAAUGGAGCUCGGAAAAGAAAGAUGGGUAUUUGGUGUUUGAAGGUCUUCAACCUCACCCUAAUUUGAGAAAAUUGGUCAUCCAAGGGUUCCAGGGUUAUGGGCUUCCGACGUGGAUCACGGGCACACGGUCUUCUAAUUGUUUGCUUCAGAAUUUGGUGGAAUUAGAGUUAUUAUAUGUUGACAUUGAUGAAAAGCUUCCAGCACUGGGUAUGCUCCCAAAUCUUAGGGUUCUUCGAAUAGCACAUGGAAUGAAGUCUACCAAGUACUUGGGUGUUUGCGAUAUUCAAACAUUGCUAGAAGACGAAAGCAGCAGCAAAAUAGGAAAAGUAAAGUUAAGUAGCAGUAUCUACACUCAACCAUUAUUCCAGUCGUUAAUUGAGUUGAAAAUCGAAGGUAUGGAUAAUUUAGAAGAAUUGAUAACUCAUCGUGACCCUUUUCUUCAUUGUGCAACCUGUCAGUGCUUCGCUUCUCUUGAGGUGUUGAAAAUCCAAGGGUGUGAAAGAUUGAGAAGCAUACCGUUAACUUUAUUUUCUUCUCUCAAGGAAUUGCAAUUAAGUAGUACCACCGACAAGGUAACUAGCUUAUUCUUACACCCCGGUGUUGAAGGAGGACGAUGUCUCGAAUCUCUCACAUCCAUUAUUAUUGUUGAUGUCGAAGAUUUGAUAUAUUUACCACCACCGCUGGUACUGCUCCAAAAUUGUGCCCCGAGACUCGAAUAUCUACAUAUCUACAUAUCACUGGAUGCAAGAAGUUUCAAGGUUUUCAGGAAGAUCAUGAUGAUAUCAACACUCGAUACUCUUCUCUCGGCCUACGCUCAUUGAAGUUACAUGAUUGCGCUGUUUUAAUGUCUCUUCCAAAUUUACGCUCAUGGACUUUUCUCAAGUCAUUAGAGAUAUUGAAGUGCGACAAAUUGCAGGAGUCUUUACCGUAUGACCUUAAAUCCCUUACCUUUCUUCAAUUACUGAGAGUUGAUUUUAUUCAAAAUGACGAGCAACAAGGAAGAGAUCUGGUUACGUUGGAUGACUUAGUUAAUUUGAUGGAAUAGAAGAAGUACAUCUGUUUUGCUGGAAUUUAUCUAUUCAUUUACUAAAUCCGAAUGGCGCUCUUCUUCAUUUAGAUAAAACAGUAUCAUUUUGCUUGUAAUCUUGUGGAAAGAGAGAGGGAUGGAUCCCUAAAACAGUAUCAUUUUAGGGAUGGAUGUCUUCGGAUGUACGGGAGAAAGAGAGAGGGAUUGGACUAAAUUGUUUUUUGUUUUUCAUUUAGACAGAGCAAUGCAAGAAACUUGUAAU